GAAGAGAAAGUCCAUCGAAGCUUUGAGUCUGAAUCUGACCUUUGCGGUCGACAAUCCAGCACUGUCGUGUUUCCCGGGCGGCGGCGGCGGUGGAUGGAAGAGCACAAGGGAAGCUGGGCAAUGAAGGAGGAGGAGUAUGUAACGUCAGGAACCGAAACAGAGAGUGACAGCCAGGAAAAGGCGUCCGGGUGUUUGCUCCACACCACUUGGCAAGUCACCGGCACUGACGAUGAUCGGCCCCCCAGCCCCAUUUAA